AUAGAUUUAUUUUCUCCAAAUACCGAUAUUAGUUUUUUUGCUUACAUUAAUAUGACAUUUAUUGUUUAAAUAUUAGAUUUAUCUAGAUCAACAAAGAUUAUAAAAAUUAUUCACAGUGGAUUAUCACUUCUAAAAAUUUAAAAAUAAAUGCAAUAAAUCCAUGCAAGUCCCCAGCUACGUGUCGUGUACACAGAAAAUAACAUACACAAAUCACAAAAUAGUGAAUAAAGUAUGUCUACUGUUUCAGGAAAGUGAAGUAGAACUAUCAAAAAUUGCAAUGGCGUCUGAAAGUGAACCGUCACAAUUGGAUAGUCAAUUUGAUCAGUUAAGUAUAGCUUCAGAAGAAAGUUGUAGCCGUUCACACAUCGAAGAUGAUACGACUAAAGAUAGUAGGGAACCAUUUGACGAGUGGGGCUUUUGCCUUGCUGACUUGUAUCGUCUUGCAUUGAGAUUUUACAAAGAGAAGGAAGGGAAGGCGGUCCACCUGUCGUACGAGGACAAGCUGAGGCUGGUGGCCUUCACGAGGCAGGUGAACCACGGGGCGUUCGAGCAGAACAACCUGCCGCCCCUGGGGGUGCUUGACGUCAUAGGGAGAGAUCGCAGGCUGGCGUGGCAGGCCCUCGGGGACAUCUCGCCCCAGGACGCCAUGGUGGGCUUCGUGGAGCUGCUGGACAAGACCUGCCCCAUGUUCCGGCCGUACGUGGAGGCGCACAAGCGGGACGACGAGGAGCGGGAGAGGCUGGCUCAGGAAGAACUGGAAAGGCAAAAAGAGGAAGAGGAAAGAAUAAGGUUGGAAGAAGAGGCAAAAGAGAAAGAAGAAAGAGACAGAGCAAAGCAGGAAGCUCAAAGGAGGCAGAUCCAGGAUGCUCUGAACCAGCAGACGUACCACCAGUUCAAGGCCUACGCGGAGCAGCAGUACCCGGGCAACCCCGAGCAGCAAGGAGUGCUGAUCAGGCAGCUGCAGGAGCAGCACUACCACCAGUACAUGCAGCAGCUGUGCCAGCAGCAGUGCCGCCAACACGGCUCCUCCGCGGAGCCCGACCCGGGCGAGCCGCUGGCCAACGGGACGCUGGCGGACGGGACUGACGGCGCGGAUGGCGACAGCGAAGACGAAGCCUCCCAAGCCUCGAUGUGGACGCGCAAGGACAUCCGGGAGUUCAAGGAGUCCAUCCGGAAGGAAGGGGGCGACGCUGUCAUCAAGGUCGGCCACGGAGAGACGGUGACGGUGCGAGUCCCCACGCACGAGGACGGCACCUGCCUGUUCUGGGAGUUCGCCACCGACAGCUACGACAUCGGCUUCGGGGUGUACUUCGAGUGGUCCAAGUCGCCGACCAACCAGGUGUCGGUGCACAUCUCGGAGAGCGAGGACGAGGAAGACGUGGAGGACGAAGAGGACGAGGAGCUGGCAGGGGAGGACGUGGAACGGGGCGGCAAGCCGGGGGACCUGGCCAGCCGCCCGCCCCUCUCCGUCAUCGUGCCGGUGUACCGCCGUGACUGCCAGGACGAGGUGUACGCGGGCAGCCACCUCUACCCCGGCCAGGGCGUCUACCUGCUCAAGUUCGACAACUCCUACAGCCUGUGGCGCUCCAAGACGCUCUACUACCGCGUCUACUACACCCGGUGAACGGGCCCCGCCCCCCCUGUGCAGCGUCGUCCGUGUUCGUGCCGAGCGGGACUUUAUUUAUUCCCUUUUCCUUCUCUCGAGACACGAGUGCGUGAAAUGUGGAAGGAUGUUAAAUUCGUACUUGAUCUGCACGUUGGCCGAAAGUGCGGUGGCAGGAAUUUGAGAAAGUGAGGAGGUAUUGGAAUAGUGAGGGAAAUCCACUUUUUUUUCACCACAGAGAAUGUUUUUUUUUAUACUGUUUAUGUAAAUGAAAACAUAUCGAAUUUUUAAAACGUUGAAAUUUCAUUUCAUCAUGCUUGCGUUUUAUCUUUUCCUUUAGUUAAAAAAAAAAAAAAAAAAAAAUUGUUGUUACUCUUGCACACAUGUUUUUGUUGAAUAAAGUCUACUGAAACAGUAUUAAUAGGUAAUGAGA